AUGCGAAACUUCAUUCUCGGCACAAUCGUAUUUACAAUUCUCUCCGCGAUCGGAAACUUGUUAACCGUCUUUUUCCAAUGCCGACCGCUGGCAUUUACCUGGGAUACGUCAAUCGAGGGAGGCGAAUGCAUUCCACCCGGUAACUUGAAGUUUGCUGCAUUCUUCAACUCAGGUGUUUCCGUGUUUACCGAUCUACUUUUCGCUCUGCUGCCGAUCCCGAUGUUAUGGAAGGUUCAACUCAACUGGAAGGUCAAGUCUGCAGUAAUUGGAGUUUUGUCCCUGGGCAUCUUUGCUACCGUCGCUGCUAUCGUCAAGAUAUCGUUUCUGCCCAAUUACGGAAAGCAUGGAGACUUUCUAUUCGACAGUUCAGACAUUACGAUCUGGACCACGGUGGAAAUUUGCACAGCCAUCGUCGCGGCAUCGAUCCCCUGCCUCAAGCCCCUUUUCAAAGCGCUGCUCGCCGGCUCUUCGGCAAAAUACACAUCAAAGUAUAACAAUAACAACCAUGGAUAUAUUGGCAUGAUAGGAGUUGGCAGCAUGGGAGCUGCCAUGAGCCUCCUCUUUGCCGAAAAUGACUAUCGAGUCUUCUUCUUCGAUCCGAACAAAGACAAUGUGGACAAACUGAGACGCGAUGCAAUGAACCUUGGCCUCGAUGACCGAAUUACCGGAAGAGAAAGUUACGAGGAUCUAUGCCAGACUGUGAAGGACAAGAGCAAGCCGGGAGUUUUUGUUUUCAGCACUCCACAUGGCUCGGUCGGUGACAAAGCUGUUGAUGGGCUAUUAUCAGGCGGUCUUGAGAAGGGUGACAUCAUCAUCGACUGCGCCAAUGAACAUUGGCAGGUUACUGAACGUCGUCAACGAAAACUCGAUCCCAAGGACAUCCAUUACAUCGGAUGCGGUGUCUCAGGCGGAUACCAGAGUGCCCGUUCGGGUCCCUCUUUCUCCCCCGGCGGCAGCCAGGAUGCUGUGCGUCAAGUUCUGCCUUUUCUUGAACAACUCGCCGCAAAAGGACGAAAUGGCAAGCCCUGCACAGGCAUAGUCGGGCCCGGUGGAAGCGGGCAUUUUGUUAAGAUGAUCCACAAUGGCAUCGAGCAGGGCAUGAUGUCGGUCUUGGCUGAGGUGUGGUCAAUCAUGGUCCGGGGAUUAGGGAUGAGCUAUUCAGAGAUUGGAAAAGUAUUCAAAGACUGGAACGAUUCCGGGCCUUUGCAUGACUGUUUCCUCAUCAGUAUCGGAGUCGACAUCUCAAAUGCGAAGGACGAAAAGGGUGACAACCCUCUUGCACAUGUUCGAGACAAGGUGGUCCAAGACGCGGAGGAAUCUGAAGGGACGGGCAAUUGGACGUGCGAAGCGGCUGUCGGUCUUCAUCAGCCAGCUGCGACCAUCGUUAGCGCCCACCUUUUCCGUUACGCAUCUGCAUAUGCAGGCCAGCGCAGAGACAACAAAGAAGCCGCAGGUGGCGGCAUCGAGUCUAAAACUUUGGACGUGAGCGACAAACAAAAGUUCAUCUCCACGUUACACAUGGCAACUUAUUUCGGCUUUUUAACGUGCUUCGCGCAAGGAAUGGAUAUUAUCCAAGCUCAGGACAGGAAGAUGGGCUGGAAGCUCAACUACCGGAGUAUCCUACAGCUCUGGCGUGGCGGUUGUAUCAUUCAGGCUGAUCACAUUGUCGAUUUAUUCGACGAACUAUACAGCCGAGAGGAUCGCAACGACGACGAUGAUGUUCUCUCCAAUCAUGAAAUUGCCAAAGAACUCUCUCAGAACUUUGCCGCUCUCAAACAGACCGUUUUGAAAGCAGUCGAGGCCGAUUUGUGCGUCCCAUCUCUCAGUCAGAGUUUGGAGUACUACAAGUACUCGAUGUCGACGGAACUUCCCACGCAGUUCAUGGAGGCAGAAUUGGACUACUUUGGAAAGCACAUGUUUGACAAGAAAGAGGAUCCCUGGCCAGGUGAGCCUAAAACCGGGCAGCAUCAUUUCGAAUGGAAACAAGCCAAGGGAAAAAAGGAUGAGCAGUGA